GUCCAUGAGUUAGUUGCCAGUAGAGUACAAAGAUCAUUGUUGAAAGAGGACGUUGAAUUCCUUCUUCACUCCUGGGACACGGUUUCUGUGGGCUGUCACUAACUAAACUGAUCCUGGAGGAGUGGCUCUUUAAGAAGCAGACUCCAAGGUGAGGCGGAGGACCAUGAUGGCUGGUGGAGACCAGGAGCCAGGUCACUACUAUGUGGGCAUCGAUGUUGGAACAGGUAGCGUCCGUGCAGCUCUGGUGGACCAGCAAGGGAUCCUGCUGGCUUUCGCAGAAGAGCCGAUUAAGCAGUGGGAGCCCCAGGUCAACCACCAUGAGCAAUCCUCUGAGGAUAUCUGGGCAGCGUGUUGCCUUGUCACCAAGAAAAUUGUGCAAGGGGUUGAUGUACACCGAAUCCGAGGACUUGGGUUUGAUGCCACGUGUUCUUUGGUUGUCUUGGAUAAACAGUUUCAUCCUUUACCAGUAAACCAUGAAGGGGAUUCCAAGCGAAACGUUAUUAUGUGGCUGGACCAUCGAGCAGUCAGCCAGGUUCACAGGAUCAAUAAGACCAAGCAUGGUGUCCUUCAGUACGUGGGUGGUGUGAUGUCUGUGGAGAUGCAGGCCCCUAAGCUUCUCUGGCUGAAGGAGAACUUGAGAGAGACUUGCUGGGACAAGGCGGGACAUUUCUUUGAUCUCCCAGACUUCUUAUCAUGGAAGGCGACAGGUGUCACAGCACGGUCUCUCUGCUCCUUGGUCUGCAAAUGGACGUACUCAGCGGAGAAAGGUUGGGAUGAGAGUUUCUGGAAGACGGUUGGUUUGGAGGAUCUCAUUGAUGAUAAUUACAGCAAAAUAGGAAAUCUCGUGCUGCCUCCUGGAACUUCUCUUGGAAGUGGGCUCACACAAGAGGCAGCCAAAGAGCUGGGUCUUCCCUCGGGGAUUGCUGUGGCGGCCUCCCUCAUUGACGCCCAUGCAGGAGGACUAGGAGUGAUUGGAGCAGAUGUGAGAGGUCAUGGCCUCAUCUGUGAAGGACAGCCAGUGACGUCACGGCUGGCUGUCAUCUGCGGAACAUCAUCUUGUCACAUGGGGGGUUCUCAGAAGUGUCUUCGGCUGGAGCUCAUAACACUGCACUUAACUGGCUUUCGAAGUCCCACCCACUCUCCUCCAGAUGCACUACACUGGAAGGACAGACCUACAAAGGCUAAAACUGCUCUACUACCAGAAGUGUGGAACAGCGAGCCAGCUCUCCUUUCCCUUGAUGUGGAUAUCAGCAAAGAUCCGAUUUUUGUACCAGGUGUGUGGGGACCGUAUUUCUCAGCCAUGGUCCCUGGCUUCUGGCUGAAUGAAGGUGGUCAGAGCGUGACAGGAAAAUUGAUAGACCAUAUGGUGCAGGGCCAUGCUGCCUUUCCUGAACUACAAGCCAAGGCCACGGCCAGAUGCCAGAGUAUAUAUGCAUAUUUGAACAGUCACCUGGAUCUGAUUAAGAAGGCCCAGCCUGUGGGUUUCCUCACUGUUGAUUUACAUGUUUGGCCAGAUUUCCAUGGCAACCGAUCUCCCUUAGCCGAUCUGACUCUAAAGGGCAUGGUCACUGGGUUGACACUGUCUCAGGACCUCGAUGAUCUUGCCAUCCGCUACCUGGCCACUGUUCAAGCCAUCGCUUUUGGGACUCGUUUCAUCAUUGAGGCCAUGCAGGCAGCAGGGCACUCUCUCAGUACCCUCUUCUUAUGUGGAGGACUAAGCAAGAAUCCCCUUUUUGUGCAGAUGCAUGCUGACAUUACUGGCAUGCCUGUGGUCCUGUCACAAGAGGUGGAGUCUGUCCUCGUGGGUGCUGCUAUUCUGGGUGCCUGUGCCUCUGGGGACUUCACAUCUGUGCAGGAAGCAAUGGCAAGAAUGAGCAAAGUGGGGAAGGUUGUGUGCCCGAGACAUGAGGAUAAAAGAUAUUAUGACAAGAAAUAUCAAGUAUUUCUCAAGAUGGUUGAGCACCAGAAGGAAUAUUCAGCAAUCAUGAAUGGAAACUGAGCAGCAUUUCUGAGUGAAGACUCUGUGCCGUUUGUUAGGCAUCCCUGUGUUUUCAUCUUAUGGCCGGUGCCCUGUAGGUACCAUUUUGGCAUGCCUGUCUUAUCUCCUAAUAAAAACUUGGACAUGCACAAGCAUAA